AUGUCGAAAUUCGAACACAACAUCGACACCGAACCUCAGGGUCAAAUACCCCAGGGCCAAACACCCGCAAGAUCAAAACUCAACCCUCUACACUGGUCCCGGAAAUGGCAAAGCAUUGGAGCUCUUGCAGUCAUCGCAAUCAUCGUGGCGGUGGUCGUGGGUGCCGUUGUCGGCACAAGAGACUCAAGUUCCAACUCGUAUCCGGAUUACUUCCCAUUGAACUACACAAUCAACGAGCGCAUGAACGGAACCACCUUCUUCGACCACUUUGACUAUUUCCACCAAGCUGAUCCAAGCAAUGGCAAUGUUGUGUACUUGUCUUCAGCAGAAGCAGCAUACAGCAAUCUCACCUACGCUGGACCAAACUCAGCCAUCCUUCGAGUCGACGACACAAGCACUGGUAUCACAGACAGAAACUCAAUCCGCAUCACCUCCAAGAAUCAAUGGAACAACGGACUCUUCGUGUUCGACGUUAUUCACUCGCCAUAUGGCUGUGGUACUUGGCCUGCUGUGUGGUUAUCCGACCCCAACAACUGGCCUGAACAUGGAGAGAUCGAUGUCAUCGAGGCUGUUGAGCAAGGAAACAGAGGAAACCAGAUGACACUGCACACUUCCAAGGGCUGCACAAUGAAGACUAAGCGUGAGGAGACCGGCACAGUACACGGCACAAAUUGUUGGAACUCGACCAACGACAAUGAAGGAUGUGGCGUUCUCGGUCCCAAGAGCAGUUACGGUGCAGCCUUGAACGAAGCAGGUGGUGCAGUGAAANNGCUAUUCGCCAUGGAGCUCCGCGACGCAGGCAUUCGCAUGUGGACUUUCAGCCGCUCAAACCCGCCCUCAGAUCUCCUUUCCACCAACGACUCUUCGCCUGAUCCAUCACAAUGGGGCACUCCUGUCGCCGACUUCCCCAGCACUGAUUGCGACAUCUCUUCUCAUUUCAAGAACCAGUCCAUCAUCGCCAACAUCGAUCUGUGCGGUAGUUGGGCAGGUUCAACCAGUGUGUACUCCAAAGAGUACGGAUGUCCCGGCACUUGUGCAGAUCUUGUCAAGUACAAUGCCACGGCAUUUGAAAAUGCUUACUGGGAGUUUGCAAGCUUCAGAGUCUGGACAGCAUCAUAG